AUGCAAUUCACUUCUACUCUAUUAACUUCAGCUCUAUUUGCUACUAGCGCUUUGGCCGUUAUCUCUAACGACACUACUUCUUCUGCUGCUAUCAUUUCUUCUUCUGCUAUUGCCGCUGAUAAUGAUACUACUACCGAACUACCAAUCUCUACUACUUCAAUUGCUCCAAUUGUUAACUCCACUACUUCUUACAUCUCUUCCACUACUUCCCCAGUUGCUUCUUACCCAGCUUACAACUCUACUGAAUUAUUCACCGUCACUGAAGUUGUUACCGCUUUCACUACUUACUGUCCAGAAGCCACUGAAAUUGUUACUAACAGUAAGACUUACACCGUCACUGGUGCUACUACUUUAACUAUUACCGAUUGUCCAUGUACUAUCGUUAAGACUACCGACAAGCAAGCUGAACCAACUUCUACCAUUGUUGCUACUCCAGUUUCUUCUACUACUACCAAGGCUGCUGCCGCCGCUUCUUCUACUACCACUCACUCCGUCGCUGAUGCUAACGGUGCUAAUGCUUUGAUUCCAUCCGUCGCUGGUUUGAUUGGUGCUUACUUACUAUUAUAA